GUCACGUCAGCGAUCUCUGAAACAGCUUUAAACGCUGUGGCUGCUCGUGCAGGAGCAGCUCCUGAGUUCGUUCAGCUUUUAACGUGUGGAAACAUUUGGGUGGGAGCCCUGGGAUUUGGCUCAGCUGUGGGUGUCCGUCUGCUAUCCCUGCCGUGCCGUCACAACGUGUGGGAUUUGCAGAGCGGGGCUGCAGGAGCUCAGCGCUGCUCAAACACACAGCUUGGUUGCCUUUGAAGUUCCAAGCCGGAAUAAAUCUGUCUCGGCCAAAAAUGCUACGGGUUCUUUGUACCUGAAAAGAGAUGUUACACAGAUCUGUUCAGCCUUUCAAGCACCCAACAGAUCAGCACUUUGCUGCAGAAAGGAGAGUGCUUACGAGCACAAAAGGGUUUUUGGGAAUGACCUAUUGCAAAAAACAUCUCACAUUCACAAUAAUUUUGUCAGGCUCGUGUAAGAACAUAAGAACAUAACCUUUUCUUACCUGUUCUUUUUGUGACUGCUUCUUUUGUUAAAUAUCCUGCCUCACCUUUAGAAAAACCUCUUUUCUGCUGUAACGCCGAGCUGCAGCUGUCAGAGCUCCCUGCUCAUCAGUCAGCUGUUUGUUCAGGGGUGCACAGAUACAGAAAACAGGGCACCUCACGUAUCUCCGUGCAUCCCAGCAGGAUUUCAUUACAACCCUCAUUCCUGGCUGACUGUGUCUAAAGCUGCCCAGCCAUAGCUUCCUGUUCUGCUGACCCCCCUCCCCCAGCACUGAACGUGUUCCCCUCAUGUCUAACCUGAAUUUUACCUGUCAUUAUCUUUUAUUUCUAGCUCCCCACUGCAGUGGACUUGAAGAAAGGCUUCAUUUAUGCUCUAAGACUGCACCUCUGCAUGUGCAUUCCCCUAAUUUGUUUUGAGGAAUGGUUCUGGUUUUCGUAGCAUCCAUCGCUGUACGCCGACCUCCCAUUGUUUGCUCCAUUUCUUUCUCCAGUGCAGCAUCUGCACAGGGCAGUGCAUUGAGCGGAGGCUUUAUCAGUGCUGAGCAGAGCAGAAAGAUUGCAGAGGAUGCCAGCUUCCAGCUGCCCCAGCAGGCCUUCUUCACAAGUGCACAGCAGUUGUUGAGUCCCCUGUCGUUUAUGACCUGGCAUAACCCCAGAUCCUUUUCUGUCGAGCAGCCUUCCUAUGGAUCACAGCUCAGAGCUCUCUGCACAAGAUUGGGAAGCUGGUCUUGCUCGGGUGCCAGUAAUUUCUCCAAAUACCACCGACAGACACGUGGCUGUAUGGCAGGAUGACUGGACAAGGUAAUACUGCAUGGUCUUCCAGCAACAUUAGGAUUUGAUUUUCUAGGGGAUGAACAACUUGGGAUGACAGCACUGGUCAGUAAGUAGAUUCUUUGCAGUGAGUUUUUAAACAUUCCUGGCUCUUCAGAAGUUAGUAGAGAAUGAUCAGACUGCAGACUAUGACAUACAACUAACCCUCAAUACAUACAGUAAAACCAUGUGCUAGAACAGAGCCUUCCAUCCUGUGGUUAAAUCUGCAGUUCCCUUUUACAAUGCAUGCUUGUCUAACUUACCAUCUCCUAUCAUUUCUGAAGUACCUAUCGCAUCUGUGCUUAAAAGACAGCAGUUGCAAAAGGAACCCACAGGGAGACGACCCAGAGGACGUCUGAACAAACAGAGCAGGCUCUUCCCACAACUUUGAAGACUCUGCAGGUAACCUCCUGGGAUUUACAUUGCAGUUUGUUUUUCUGUCUUCUAGUGCCAAGGCCCCACUUUGAAAAGUCAUCUUUGCAUGGUGCUGGGAAGUGCAUCUGGAAUCUGCUCCUGACCAGUUGCCUCUCAGUAGAACUUCUGUGUCAGUUAUAAGUAAGAAAAUCAUGACCAGUUCAGCUGCUCACUGUGGUUUGGAUUUAUACUGGACUGCAUGAAGGAAUAUACCCUUCCAUGAAGGGAAUGCAUCUUUGACCUUCUCCUCACUGCUUUUUACUGCGCAUAACCAAAACCAUAAACAAGGCUUUUACUCAUCCUGAGAACUUACUAUACCAGUUUUUGUGGGGAGCAUAAUCGUAUGUAAACUUUUUGAUUGUAUUUUCAAGAUUUUCAAGAUUUUAUUGCAUGAGAAAACCUGUUAUCACAGACUGUGUGAUAUCAUUCACAAAUGGUAAUGCAAUUGGCAAAAAUCUUGGGGGCAUUGUCUAAGCAUAAAUGUAUGGUACAGGUAACAGUUCCCUGGUAGAGAUUCACAUAUAUUCUGGAAGAACCAAAAUAUCUGACCAAAAUGUCUCAGUAACCCAACCUGUGCAAAAGCAAGCACUGACUCUCCAGGAAUAAUCUGUUAGAAAACUCUAGAGGUUCAAUUAGCCUCAUGAACGCUUUGCCUAGCAGAAUACCAGAUACACAGAAAACGAAUGUAGAUAAUGAGCAGACUUGGACAUUAAGAAACAUACUGCAUUGUGAAUUAUGCAUCAUUUUAACGAACUAAGCAUUCAUACACCAUUUUUAAAAAUAGUUACUGUGUAGCAGAAGUACUCCAACUGUGAUCAAUUGGAUUGCUUCCAGUCCCUGGGUUAUUUAUCGGAGGUUCAGUGAGAACUGAUGGGUUAAAGAUGCUUUCUCUGCUCAUUACCGUCUGAAAAUAUUAUGUUUUUCAUACAAGCAAUUGCUGUAGAUGCCCCAGGGAAGCAGUGUGAUUGGGCUAGGAGGGCGUAUUUCUCUUCUGUGAGAACAUUUUGGAAAGCUGCUGUUCUGUAUUUCCAUGUUGUUUAUAUUAGGUUAUACAUGAAUGAUAACACACAGAUUUUUUUUUCCCCUCAGUACUUCAUGAAACAAUCUGUAGGAAGCAUAAGAACAUGCUGUUUUCAAGCAUUAAAAAUAGUCGCUCAUUUAAAUUAGAAACAAACAAAAUAGUUUCUCUUACCCCCAAUAAUUAACACUGGAGAAUUAGCCUUGAGGUGGGCGCUGAGACUGCUUCUUUAGUGAAAUGGAAACCGGAGAGCAAAUUCCAGCAAGCAGCCAUUUUAUAUAUAGUGGCAGCUAAAAAGACAGCUAUUUCUGCUCUUGGGGUGAAUGGGUCUCCACCAAAAGCCAGCCUACCUGAAUCCAACUCUGCUAAGAGAUGCUGUAGGUCCAUGACUGCUGCUCUGAGCAUCCAGGCGUGGCAGUGCUGAAAACAGCAGCUUUUUCAAGGGGGCCUGGAAAAAACAAAGGGAGCAAAAUGAGAUGUGGUUAGUUGUACUUAACUUUAGCUACAACAAGAUGUAUCUUCCUGCAAGGGAAUGAGAAAAUUCUGCCCUGCAAGGUUUUAUUACUUUGGUCAUGUAGCUGUGAUUACUUGUAGCAUGCUCCAUGGUCUGCGUGCUUAACGCUUGGGCUUGUGCUUGGUUUUAGCUAUCAGCCUGUCUGUAAAACGGCUGCAAGCCAUGCACUCUGAUGCAUGGUUUUUCUCACUGACCAUCUAAACAUUAUGGCCAGCAUGAUGAGAGUUUGUCUGAUCCUCCUUUGGAUAAGAAUCGUAGUCCAGCCACGCACACUUCAGUGUAAAGCAGUUCAGGUUUUCCCACCUGUUAACUUCACCCUUACAGUCUCUGCAUUAGCACAAGUACUUCUAAGCUGGAAGCUAAGUCCUAAUCAGGAACAAAAAAACUACACUAUUAGAUACGAUGUGAAAAUCUUAACUCCUGUGUUUGAAGAGUAUGAUACAAUGAAGACUCACAGUUUCCAAACAGCUGUACUUCACAAUGGUUUCUCUGCACAUGUCCGGACAUUACUUUUCCAUCAGGGUCUUCAGAUGACAAGUGACUGGGUGACAGCAGAACUCCAGCCUCCACCGGGUGCUGAAAAUACAGCUGUCACUGAUUUGUCCUGCGUUACUCACUUCACCAUUUCUAGCACUGUUUCUCUCCAUUGCACUUGGCUUCCUGGCAAAGGGGCACCAGAAGAUACCAAGUACUUUCUAUAUUACAGGUAUGAGACCUACAUGGAAGAAUGCCAAGAUUAUAUCAAAGACAAGUGGAACAGGAAUAUAGAGUGCAGAUUCUCAGCGACUCAUAUUGUUCCCGGUGAGAUUGAUGAGCUCAUUGUAAUACACAUUAAUGGCUCCAGCAAGUAUGCUGCAAUCAAGCCUUUCCAGCAGUUAUUUAACCAAAAUGCCAUUGAGAAGGUGAAUGUUCCCAGAAAUGUCACUGUAUUCUUAGAGCAAAAUGAUCUCGUGGCCACAUGGGAGAAGCCACUUUCUACUUUCCCUAAAGGCUGUUUUGAAUACGAAUUUUACCUCAUCAACUUGAAGUCAGGUAACAAGCAGGUAUCAAAAACAUAUUCACAUGACUUCAGAUUACGGAUUGAUGUUACCUGCAGAUAUUCCAUACAAAUAAGAGCAAAUCAUUACAUGUGUGCUGUAAAUGGAUUCUGGAGUGACUGGAGUGAAAUUCUUUAUAUUGGAGAAAACAAACAGGAGAAUCUUAUAGUCUGGAGUCUUGCUGUGCUUUGUGUAUCCACAUGCUGUACGGUCACGCUUAUUGCUAUAGCAUGCAAAUCACAACACAUGUGGAGCAAACUGUUUCCGCCCAUUCCGACGCCCAGGAUCAAGUUCAGAGAUCCCUUUCCAAAUCACUAUGAGAGAGCACGCAGCUGCCCCAGCGAGAUGUGGCUGGAGCCAGGCCUAGCCGAGGGCCUUCCCUGCAGCGCUCUGCACGACGACGUCUUCUGAGGCAGCCACGAGGCCACAUGCGAAGAACUGCUUGGCUGUGGUUCCAGCAUUGUUUGUUCAUUCCUUUAGAACAAUUGGUGUGAGUGGUCUGGAAAGAGCAUGGCGGUGCCAAUGGUGAGGUGACAGCCCCAACCCACAGACAUGGUGCAAGAGGUUACCACAUAAGGGGAAAACAGAUAAAAAAGCAACACUUUCCUGGCACAUUCUGAUGCCUUUCCUCAACCCUAUCUAUAGAACACAGUCCUCAGUUAUGCAUAGCUAAGGAAGUUUGCCAAAGAGCUCCCUGUGGUUUUACCAAGGCUAUUUGAUACUAAAGGAGCUGGGCCCCUCCUCCAUCUGUAAUUCCAACUGCCUUUAGGUGAGUUUGAAAAUCCAAGCCCAGUAUUGCAGCUCAUUCUUCUUACCCAUCCAAGCAAGUUACCAGACCUGCCUGAAGCCACCCAAGCAGCUCUGGUCUGCCCUCACCAGCUGCUCUGCUCUUUGUAUUCUGCCCAUAGAGCCUCCUGCCCAGCCAGCUGCCCCAAGCACGUAAGCAUGGAAUACUAAGACAAAAAAACAACAAAACACUGAGCAAUGAAGUUGUUUGGAAAGUGCCUAAACAUAAUGGAGUUCCCAGGUGCUAAAGACUAGAAAUAAUUAUAAUAAAUGAGGCAGCUCUCAUCUGGGUGAAAUAGCAUGGCUCCAUCAAAAUUAAUGUAGCUCAUUAAUAUAACAAUGUUUGUGCCUCAAAUGUCUCUACUGCUUGUGAUUGGAAUGGAUUGGAGGUGCCCAGCUUUAACAGUCUGAAAAUCAGUAUUUCAUUAGUAAAAUCCUAAAAACGAGAUGAAAGAGAAUUUGUUUACUGUAAUGUAUUUCAUUUAUGUCACGGCUUCAAGUACUCUAAUAAAUAAGAUUUCUAAAUAUAAUUUCACUCCCAUUAAUGGAAAGGUACUGCAGAGAUUAAUGUAAUACAUUUCAGUGUAGUUUGCAUUUGAGCUGUGCACUGUGACUGCUCUGCACUUGCAGUGAAAGCCUCCAGCUCUCAGAGCAACCAGUGCUUGGACAGGUAUCCACAUUUCUGCUAAAAGCUUCACGUUUAAUAAAUGGAUAUACAGAUGGUAUAUAUACACAUCCAGGAGCUUGGCUAAUACAAUUUAUAUUGGAGAA